GAGAAAGGAAAUCAGUACCUCACAUACACAAGGAAGUUGAGGGAAGUUUGGUUGCAAAACUUCUGAAGCUGGGAAACACAUGGAACGACCAAGCAAAAUCGUUUAUAAUUCAAAGUUAGCUUGUAUGUAAUAAAUAAUUAUUCUAUGCUUAAGUAAGCAGUGAUGGCGGGCACACCAUCAUCUUCUUUAGCGGAACAAGGAAUGACAACUCGUUCAAAACUAUGUGGCGCAAACGAAAAACACAACCAGGUCCAGGUUAUUGUUGACAUUUCUUCUACUACUGAAGACAUCCAAGAUUGUGGUGAGAAUAGGAGCGUUAUUAAAAUCGAUUUAGACCUUCCGUCGGACUUCCAAAAAAAGAAAGAGUUAAAUGAUAAAGCAACCGCAGACCAAGAAGCAUUUGAUAAAUUGACUGAAGAACUAUCGGACUUGGAAACUGCAAACAAAAUUACAGGCCGCCCAGCUGACAUUGCGGUUGGAUCAUUUGCUCCAGAUAUAAAUACUAAAGGUAAAUGGUAAACUUAAAACUAGAACAGAGAAUAUAAUAAUAUUUCAUAAAUAAGCUUCGGACCAAAUUUUGUCCCCAUUAGUAUGCUGCAUGCUCAUUUAAUUGCAUAAUAGGAUUACAAAUAUUGUGAUAGUUAAAAUAUAAUUUUGAUGCUUGUCUAAAAGUUGUUUGUUUGGCAAAAUAAAGCCCCAUUUAAUAUUAAUUAACAUUAAGUAAAAAUUAAAGAGUAAGAUCUUUUAAAUAUUUUUAUGUACUUGAAAAUUUAGCAUUAUGGCCAUAGAAUAACCUUAAGUAAGAGCUCACACUAAUACUAAUUGUCACUAUGUUUUAAUUUUCUACUCAGAUAUUUGGGAGGAAAGCCAAUUGAUUGCCACCGAGUCUUACAAAACUAC